CGCGCUCUGGCUGUCCGAGCGGAAGGCCGAAAUUAAGUGAGCGGGCCGGGCCAGGUGAGCGGGCCGGGCCGGGCGCUGCCAGGAUUUGAAAUGUCCAACAGAAAGGUUAUCAUGACUAGAGCUAAUUGUAUAGAGAAUCUACUGUCUGAAAAAAACUAUCAAGAUAUUGAAAGUCAUCUUGCAUAUCUUGAAACUAUUGUCAUGACCAUAGAAUAUCUUCAGGAGACUGAUAUUGCCAAAGCUGUGUACAGAAUUCUCAAAAACUGUCCUUCUGUGGUCCUGAAAAAUAAGGCAAAACAUUUGCUGUCAAAGUGGAAAAAACUUUAUAAGAAUCAUUAUGAUCAACCAAUACAAGUUAAACCCGUGUUGUCUGAUGAUGCAAAAGGGAAUUCUGAUCAACUUCAGACAGACUUGGAGGAUGUAAACCCUUCCAAAACAUUGAAUCAGAAUGAAGAAUUGGGUCCUGCUAGUUCCAACAGUUGCUUGCCUUCAGAGAUCAAUCUAAAAGUUCUUGGAAGUAAUGUGCAAAAACAUGAUACAAUUCAGCCAGCACUUCUGGGGCAUUCUAGCUCUGUUAGUGCCAGCCCAUCUGAAGAUCACACUGCCGCUGUGAGGUUUAAAUGCUCAGAACUUCUUUAUGAAGCUUUGGUAGAUUCUUCAACAAGUAAUGAAGAAAGUGAAAAGUAUCACAAAAUAGCAGAAGAAAUUGAACAAUGCAUUUUUGCACUUCAUACCAAAACUGAUAGAAAAUAUAAGAAUUGCAUCCGAAGCAAAAUUUCCAACUUGAAGAAUCCAAAAAACUGUCAAUUAAAGCAUAACCUGAUUACAGGAAUUCUUAGCCCUAAGACAUUUGCUAAUAUGUCUGUCCUAGAAAUGGCACAUGAUGAGCUGAAACAGCUCAGGGCUUCGUAUACAGAAUCAUCUGUUCUAGAACAUCAGCUUCCCGAAAGUAUCAAUGGUACACAUACAAAUAAAAUAAAAUGCAGGCGCUGUGAAAAAUUUGAUUGCACUGUUACUGUGAUUGCCAGGGGAGCUCUUUUCCUCCCUGGUUGGGUGCGAAAUACAAAUCCAGAUGAGCAAAUGAUGACUUACGUAAUUUGUAAUGAAUGUGGAGAGCAAUGGUACCAUAGCAGAUGGAUUUGUUUGUAAUUAUGCAUCCUUUAAUAAAUAUCUUUAAAGAAAAACAUGAAAUAUUAAAUUACUAACAUACAA